GCGGGGUUUAGCUUUUGUCAACAUCCUGGGUGACAUAACCAAGGUUUCUCCAAAAUGGCGACGGUGGAUCACAGGGAAGCAGGUCAGGACGACCCAGAGAGUGAUGACGAGGUUUACGAGGUCGUGGACCUGACAGAAUAUGCCCGGAGACACCAGUGGUGGAGCAGGGUGUUCGGGAGCAACUCCGGCCCCAUUGCUGAGAAGCAUUCCGUGGCCACCCAGAUCAUGAUGGGAGGGGUGACCGGAUGGUGUGCAGGUUACCUCUUCCAGAGAGUUGGGAAAAUAGCUGCUACCGCUGUCGGAGGAGGGUUCCUUCUUUUACAGAUUGCCAAUCACAGCGGCUACGUGCAGGUGGACUGGAAGAAGGUGGAGAAGGACGUGAACAAAGCGAAGAAGCACCUGAAGAAGAAGGCGAACAAAGCCGCCCCAGAAAUAAACACGUUCAUUGAGGAGGUAAAGGCCACCGACUUCAUCAAACGGAACAUCGUCUUGUCCAGCGGCUUCGUCGGCGGCUUCUUUCUGGGUCUGGCCUCAUAAAAGCUGCCCCCCCCAGCGCGCGCACGCCGCUACCUCCUCAUACUGUGAACCACAUCACUACAUAGGUCACUUUCCUCUCCAUUGUUUACCUCCCCUUGUGUGCAUUGAUUCACCUUUUUAACAAACUGAACAGCAAAGGGGGAGAGUGGGUUCAACAUUAAAGCAUGAUCUGUUGUGACAGUGGUGUUUGCUGUGUAACCGACGCCUUCCCCCCUUUUGUUUUAAAUCAAUCCUCGCUUAUUAUUUCCUACUGGGAGGAUUUUACUGUGAAGACUUUCUUCUGUGGGAUUCGUAAUGGAUUUUAUUUAAUUUUUUUUGCCAAACUGCUGAGUACGUCACGCUGCCGCACAAACUCGCACAGCUUCCCCGUUGCUUUUUCCAACACUGAUCUGAGUCUAGAUUGUCCAUCCCCUCACAUAUUUUUGCCAGGCGGAUGCUGAUCUCAGAUUGUUAGAAGCUGGCAUGUGUGGGCGUCUUUGUAAAUAUAGUCAAACCCCCCCCCUUUUUCAGAGCUGUAUAUUAUUAUAUAAACAACACGGAAGGCAGCAGAGUGGGAAGUUAACACCACCUCCCUGGUCUAGUGUUAGGAGUUUUUUAUGUAGCUGUGAAGUUUGGAGAGCUUCUGUGCUGUUUAAGCAUGUGAGCGAUCCAGUUUUUAAAGUUUGCCACACAGACUGGGAGGGGUGAAACAAAGUUAUUUUUCCACUCUGAGCAGGAAUUAUUGAUAUACAACACAUAUCAUUAGUAUAAAUUAAACGUUCACAAAUACAGAUCCUUUUAUUCCAAUAACCCUCCACAGCUCUACAAUGCCCUGUAAUGACAGGAUGAGACUCUCUGCUGCUGUUACCCCUAAUUACCACCAUCAACAAGCCAGACACCAAAAGAGUCAGCGCUCCUGUCAUUAAGGAGCAUAAUGGAGCAGAAACGGUGACUCCUACGCCCUCGCUAUUGUCAUUGUGCGUUUAAGUAGUGUCAGUGUAGCAAUAACACGACAGCGAUGCCGCCGAGUCGUGUCCUCACAUUAAUUAUCCAGAUAGGACAUCCGCACGCACGAGUCCACUUAAGUUGAUCACAAGUUGCUUAUUUUGUGUUUUGUUUUUUUUGCCUUUUUCUAACAGUGCAAUAUUCAGUUAUGUUUCCGACGUCUAUCAUUUUUUCUAUUUAAUGUUAUUUUGUUACCUCAGUUGGAUGGAUUUGGUUGUUAUAUAAUAAAGCUGCCUGAUUAUGUUUGGAAUAACA